AAAAAUAACGGUGUCUUUUUUUCUUCAUUUUGCAGUAAACCAGGAGAGUAAGCCACAAAACUCAAAAUGCCAUUCAAGCCAAUCCAACAAUCGAAAUGUCCCGUCUGCAACAAAGCCGUCUAUGCGGCAGAAGAGAAGAUUGCAGGUGGAAAUAAAUUCCACAAGAUGUGCUUCAAAUGCACUAUGUGUAACAAGAUGUUGGAAAGUACCACAGUUGCUGAUCACCAAGGUACACUCUAUUGUAAGGGCUGCCAUGGACGCAAGUAUGGGCCAAAAGGUUAUGGAUUCGGUGGUGGCGCCGGUGCCCUCAGCAUGGACACAGGAAGUCAGUUUGGUAACAAGGAAUCAGAGAUGUCGAACAAACCAACAACAGUGUCGUCAGGUGAUGCCGGAACUGGACCAAAAUGUCCCCGAUGUGGCAAAACCGUAUACGAUGCGGAGAGAGCCAUUGGAUCAACUGUGCCAUGGCAUAAAGCAUGUUUCAGAUGCAAAGGUUGUGGCAAGGCCCUUGACUCCACCAAUCAAAACACUCACGAGGGAGAAAUAUAUUGCAAGAACUGCUACGGCAAGAACUUUGGUCCCAGUGGCUAUGGUUUUGGCCAAGGUGCUGGUUGUCUGAGCAGUGACAAAUAAACCAGAAAACCAGUGGAAUGGCGCCAAUCAUUCAAGUCAAGAAUAAAUCAGCAGAACUCAGAGAGAAACCCGAUUGCUUUCUACCAACAUGUCAUCUUAGCAAUGUCACAAUGCCGAAAAAAAUCUUUUGCGUGAAACUUUCAUAAUAAAAAGAAAAAUAAUAAUUUUUUUUAUUUUC